CGGAACUUCAUAGGCGCGCGUGUCUCCGGCUUCGCGGCAUUAAGUACAAUUGAAAUCUUUCAGCACCUCCUCAGCGUCCCAUACCUUCCUCUGUGCUUCUUGCAUCCCUGAUCAAUUCGCAGUAGGACCGAUCAUCGAUCAUGCCGAAAGCACUCACGAGCAAGACUACCGCUCCUGCUGCUGUGGCGGCCUCCGAUCCCCUAGACUGGGACCCCAACAAAACUCACCCCAAGUACGAUGAUGAGGAUGCGAACUGCGCUUUGAUCAGCUCAGACGGACUCAUGUUCUUGGUAGACAAGGAGUACCUGUACUCCUCAAGUGCUGUCUUCCGAUCGAUGCUCAAAGACGGUCUAGCCGAGGAGAAGCAAAUUAUGGGACGCAACAGGUCAAUCAUCCGUCUGGUUGAUGAAGAUUUCGAAGAUUAUCGGACACUCUCCUAUUACCUCGACAUAGUUCAUGGAACCCUCAAAGAACGCCUGGGUUUCGCUCCGUUUCCAGGCUGCUCCAACUUGCGGACAAGUACGACUUCAACGCCUUGGUCCGAUCAUCCAUUCAUCGGUCACUCCGGAAUCUCGCGAAAAGAAACCCUCAGAAGGCGUUCGCAUUGGCCUGUAAAUGGGAUAUCAGACCCGUCGUCUUCGAGCUCUUCAGAAUCUAUGGUGAGCGGAGACAGACAGGCAAAGGUUCGACGGCCGUCUACAACUUGUCUUGUCUGGAGCACUCGUCUAUUGAUCCCCAAGCGGCGAAGAUGAUUCCCCAGAACUAUCAUUGGGCAGUGGCCCGGGCAUACUCAGGGCCUGUUGAAAAUCACGCUGUAUGGGUCAGGAUACUUGAAUCGGCCUUAGAAGAAUGGGACAAUUCCACUAAGACAGUGCAAGUGGAGGCGACGCCCGCAUAACAAGUUGGCGGUUGGCGUGACUGUGCUCAGCUGGGCAUUGAUCCCUCGCG